AUGGACUGCGGAACCGCCACUCCGAUCUGUAUGUUUUCAGCAAUUGGGUCAUUUGAGAAAUUUUAGGUGAUUUUGCAGCGAUCGUGCCAAAUCCGGCAUUCCAGAGCGCCACGGAACGCAUCCGUGACGCGCCGCGCAUGGAAUUCCUGAAGAAGGUCGAGGCGCUCGCCCUGAAGAAAGCCAUCAACACUUUCGAAGGACUUCUUCUCGUCAAAGAAGAGGUUGAGAAGGAGAUGAAGAUUGGCGGAGAGAAGCGCAGUGCUCCGGAAAUGAAGAAGGAGGAGGUGGAGAACGGGCAGCCACCGAAAAAGGCAAAGAAGGAGACAAAGGUAUGGGAAAGCGAGAGUUUGAAGUUCUCAUGGCAUUUUAAUUUGAAUUCGGAGAACUUUGGUUUUUUUUUGUAGCCGUCGGUGGACUCGUUCCCCCGUCUCGUCCGCCGCAAUGCUCGUCGCGGAUUUGGAGCGGCCAACGGUCAGACUUGGACUGAGGAAGGUACGUACCCCGGUGCCAGCUUCAGCCUUACCCAAUGUUUCUAGUGCUCAUCAUCUGA